AUGAAAAAAUCCAUAUUUUUUUCUUUGAUUCUAGCUUUGUUUACAAAUCUAAACCCACCCCAUUUUGCAGAAUCUUCAUCAGAUUACACUACAUUGAUCUACAAAGGUUGUUCAAAAGAAACUUUCACAGAUCCAAAUGGAUUAUACUCCCAAACACUUUCCACACUCUUUGGUUCACUAGUUUCACAAUCCACCAAAACAAAAUUCUAUAAAACCACUUCUGGCAGUGGCCAAAACAGCAUAACAGGUUUGUUUCAAUGUAGAGGAGAUCUCACCAAUUCCGAUUGCUACAGCUGUGUAAACAAGCUUCCAAUUUUGUCCAACAAACUAUGUGGCAGAACCAUAGCUGCAAGAGUUCAACUACUAGGUUGUUAUCUACUCUAUGAAGUUGUUGGUUAUGUUCAAAUAUCAGGUAUGCAGAUGCUGUACAAGACUUGUGGUGCAACGAAUGUUGCUGGAAGUGGUUUUGGAGAGAGAAGAGACACUGCUUUUUCUGUAAUGGAAAAUGGUGUGGCUAGUGGUCAUGGUUUUUAUACUACUAGCUAUAUGGCUUUUUAUGUUUUGGGACAAUGUGAAGGUGAUGUUGGUGACUCUGAUUGUGGACAGUGUAUGAAAAAUGCUGUUCAGAAAGCUCAAGUUGAAUGUGGUUCAUCAAUUUCAGGACAAGUCUUUUUGCAUAAGUGUUUUAUUAGUUUUAGCUAUUACCCUAAUGGAGUUCCAUCUAGAUCAUCUCAAUCUUCAUACUCCUCACUUUCCUCAGGGCAAAAUCCAGGGAAAACAGCUGCUAUAAUACUAGGAGGAAUUGCAGGAGUGGCUUUUCUAGUUAUAUUUUUGUUAUUUGCUAGAAGUUUGAGAAAGAAACACAGUGAUUAUUGA